UCCCUCCUCAAAGAUUCCAAGGAUCAUCAUCAACAACAAUGGCUAUGGCUACGCGUGCGAUUCGCUGCCAGUUACCGUCGCUGGUUACUAGAUGCGAAUCAUCUGAACCGAUCAAGCAGAUCCAGAUCCAGCAACGACCUAGAGGAGGCGAUUUUGCCGAGAGCGGGAAGAUCGUGCUUCAACCAAGGCUUUGCACGCUGAGAUCUUACGGAUCUGAGAUGAUCGUCACUAAAAAAGACGGCGGAGAUGAAGGAUCUGAGGUGGAGUUAGUGUCUCCCUUCUUCGAGACGCUAACUGAUUACAUAGAGAGCUCCAAGAAGAGUCAGGACUUUGAAACCAUCUCAGGUCGUCUCGCCAUGAUUGUUUUCGCGGCGACUGUGGCAGAGGAGGUUGUUACGGGGAACUCGUUGUUCAAGAAACUUGACGUGGAAGGGUUGAGUGAAGCCAUUGUAGCGGGUCUUGGAGCUAUGGGAUGCGCAGCAGUGUUCGCGUGGUUAACGAUUUCUAGGAAGCGAGUUGGAAGGAUCUUUACAGUGAGUUGCAACUCGUUUAUUGACUCCUUAGUUGAUCAGAUCGUUGAUGGGUUGUUCUACGACACUAAGCCUAGUGAUUGGUCCGACGAGAUCUAAAAUAUGUUAUAGAUUUUCAUGUACCACUAUAAGUGUAUAAUUAGUGUAAGACAUCGUCUAUAAAUAGUAUAUAUACUACUAUAGUUGU